UUGCGAAGUAAUCUGCGGGAGUACAUAUUGCGCGUGAAAUAAUCUUCUCGGGGGAGCGUCGCAAAGCCGCCGUGCGUGACAAUUUCACGCCACACGCGAUUAAUAUCGCGGGGGUGACACGUAAAUCGAGCCGCGAUCGACCUUUAAUCCGCGAUUUUCAUAAUCCAUUCUUUGCGCGCGCGAGUGAAGCGAGACGCGAGCAUUACAGCACGCCGCUGAAAUGGCGAAGUCGCCACCGAAUUCGAUGUAGACACAUUGUUUGUUUCAUAUAUUGAAGCGUACGCAACGUAAACCUCCCUCUUCUCCGAAAAAUAAUAUAGUCCGCGCGAGGCGAUAUAUUUUUUUUCGGCAAGCAAAAUAUCGUUUUCGCUCCGGGGAAACCGCGAGUGACCCUCGGCUUGUGAUUUCGCUCUGUCCAUUCGCAAAUCGAGUUGCCGAAGUGGUGGUGUUUUGUCGUAGCGUCGUAACAGGCACUCGUUAGGAUGUCGAAUCAAACAAACGCGGCGCGAGUGAAUUUAUGAAUUGCGGUGAAAUCGGCCGAGGACGAUGCGGAACGGCGGUUGUACAACCGACACGAGAUUCCCGGAUGCGGGGAGAUGCAGCGGUGAAUGCAGUGGAGUAUGCAGCGGUGGAUUUCAACGCGUUAUGUAACAGAAAUUCUGAGAACAUCGACACAAUCGGAACUAUGAACAGAGAAUUGUGGUACAAAGUCUCUCGGAUGCGAAUUAAAUUGCAAAGGCUAUCAAAGGAUUCUGAAAUGGGUCAAAAACAUGGGAUUCGCGCAUGCAAGGAUAUGUCGGGAUGGCGUACGAGUACGAAAAUGAUUAUAUGGAAUACACCUGGGAAUUGCUUAUUAGCCAUAUAUUAUCAACAUCUUCAAUUGCGAGAAAUCACACAUAUAUGUUGCUGCGCAAACAUCCGUUUUGUACCUUAACAGUUUAAUUAUAUUGCAUAUAAAGAGAUAGGCUCGAUCAAACGACAUUGUAUAGUUGAAAAUAAAAAGAUAUAGAUACUUUCUUCAACGAAUUUUGCAAUAUAAUCGCGAUAGUAUUUUAAAAAAAACCAAAAAUUGUCAAACAUAAAUUUUUCUAUUAAGUAUCGCAUAUAUUAAACAAAAAUCGUUAUUUUUGAUGACAGUAAAAAACGCUUUUUAUUGUCAUUAAAAAAUUUUAUGACUAAUUAAUAAUAUUUUUUUAAUCUUUUUAGAUCGAAUUAGUCGCGCACGUUAAUUAUUAAUAAUUAAUAAAUCUAUGAAAAGACUGAAACGGACAUAAAGAGCUAAGUUACGGUUGUUAGGAGUUUAAUAAAAAUUAAUAAAUACAAAAUUGAAAAAAAAUGUCACUAUUAAGCUACCUAGUCAAUGUUUGAAAGCUCUCUAAUAUUAAUUACACAAUAUGCCUACCAAGUAGAUCCGAAACGACAAGAGCAUAUUGUUCCUAACUAUUUCUAGAAUGGCACUGUUUGUGUAGCCUUGGGUCAGUGAUUUAAAUU